UCUUAGCUUUCAUGUUAACUACGCUAGUUGAGAAGGCGUUUGUUCGGGCACUUCAUGGAGAGAUAACGGAUGAAGAAGCUGCUGAUCAGAUUGCUGAUUCACUUUGCGCUGAUUCCUUUGCCAAUAAUUUCCAGAAUUAUAUCAAUAAUGUUGAAGUUCAACAUGGUGUUAACAAUGAUGGAAAGAUGGAUAUUUCUGCUAAUUUGCAAUCACAACCAUGUCAGCAACCAAAAGUUCUAGGUACUAUAACUCUGGGUGAUUUACAUCCUGAACAAAUUGCACAAUUCCAGCAAGCGUUUACAGAAGCCAGUAAGGGAUUAGCUUCAUCAGUUGUUUUUAAUGUACCGGUGCAAAAGACUGAUAAUCCGGAAGAAUAUUUUACUGACGAAGACAAGGAAAGAUGCGCUCUUCUUCAAGAAUUAAUAACUGGUCAGCGCCCAUUAAUGCUGCAUCCUUAUGUAUUUCUUCUUAAUCGACGGUUCAAAUGGACUGAUAUCGCUGUUCCUGUUAUCGGGACUGACAAGUUCCGCGUUUAUCGGCUGAAUCAAGCACGUAAUUCACGCUGCUAUUACCGUUGUUCAGGGUGUGAAACUAUGGCAAAAGAACCCGGCGAUCCAAUUGCCCAAAUAAAACUUGCUGAAGGUCAUUUGGUAGGUGAUGUUAAUCCAGUCCAUAAUUCAAAAUGUGAUUUGUUUACAUUUUCUAAUAUUGUUAACCGACAGUUUGACAGGGAAGCUCGUCUUGAUGUCUACAACGGAGUUAUGAAUCCGAAAGAAGCUUGGAAUAGGGGACGGUUACGAGCUCUGAGAGCAGAAAGCUUAGCACCUAAAGGUUUGUUAAAUGCAGAUGAAUAUCCUACUUGGGAAACGAUGAACAAAGUUAUCAUGAAACUGUGGAGAAGUGCGAAGCGGGCACACGAUGCUGGUAUCGAGGGUAUUGAUCGAGUUGGUAGUAAAGAUUGGUGGCGUAAUAUUCCGGCACCAUCUGCUGCACGAAGAAGUAUGAAAAGGGGAAAUUAUGACACCACCAAUUAUAGUUUUCGAACUGAGGGGAGUGGUGAAAUUGAAGAGCUUGAAGAUGAUGGUGACCAAUCGUGCAUCUCAAUGGCUGCUAGUGGUGAAGAUGGAUGUCUUGAACUACUGGAUGUAGUUAGCGAAAACGAAAUUUACACCACCGAUCAAGAACCAGCUCCUUCUGGUUCUCUCGAAAGAGAUGAUAUUGUGCCGGAGCCACCAGAACAUAUUUCACUGUUUUCCAAUAGAUCCGAUCCUGUUAAACGCGUAUUACAUCAGGACAAUAACGUCAGCUUAUCUGCAUUACCUGAUGAUAGCUGUGGAAAAACAACAGAUGCUUUCUUGCGUAACAGUGAGGAAAACAGUGAUGUACAAUAUUACUUGCUGCAAAGUUACGAUGAUGACGACGACGAUGAUGAUGACGAUGACGAUGAUGAUGAUGAUAAUGAUGAAGGUGAUGAUGACGAUGGCGAUGGAGAUGAGGCGAGAGAUAGAAAAGAUGGUGAUGAAGAUAACAAUGAUAAUGAUGUGGAUGUAGAUAAUGUCGAUGAGGCCAAUCUUCACAACGCUGAUGAUGAAGUGACGCAAGAAUACAAUGACAUUUUAACUGAAGUGGAUCGGCUUGAGCAAAAAGCUAUCGCUGCAGCUGAAGGGAUGAUCGAACAUCGGAGAAUGGCUGGGGGCCAUGUAGUCGAACAGCGGCUACGUGAUGAAUCGUAUGAAUUGCGACGAAGUAUUCAACAAGAGUCAGUGCAUGAACAAGCUGUAACAUCGUCGCAACAUCUAAACACUACAUUUUUUGCAAAUCGUAAACUGUUUGCAGCAAUUGAGAGUUUGACACGCACGUUGAAUACGGAUCAUUCGCGACAAUUUCAUCAGGAAAUGUUGAAGACAGCAGUGGAAUUAUCAAACAGGUAUGCUGCGCAGCAACGGCAGUGGUACGCCGCAGCAACGGUGACUUUACGACGCAAUGCAACCGUUGAGCAUCGUAAUGUCGCUGCAUCGAGACAGCAUAGUGAUUACGAAGAUGACGAAAAAUCGUUCGGUAAAAUAAUAGGGAGGCGACGAGCAGGAGCUGUACCUUUACGAACGUGGGCAUUUAAGAAGGAUUAGAUAGGAUUGUUUUUCCACGUUGGUCAAGAUUUAGGCACUUAUUUUUUGGAAAGUAUUUUGAAAACAAUGAACAAAUUUGUUUUUCUAGGAAUACUGUAGAAUUAUGCUGUCAUGUUUUUAUGACAACAUUUCACAUAUAGUCUUCAUAUAUUUUAUAGCUAUUCCACAUACCUGUAUCUCAUGUAUAAUCUUCCCA